CAUAUGGCAGUCGGUGUGGGAAUGUACUCUCAAGUCAGGCUAUCGAGAUGUGCGCCUUUGACGCGAAGUGUUAGCCGUGUUGUGCAUACAUUGCCUCGCAAUCUGUCAAGGACAUGUUCGAGGUCAAUAUCAUCCAGCAGCACCAUUCAACGACUUUCUCGCUUUUGGAUCCCUACCGUGGGCGCUGAAAGAUCUAAAGACGCCAAAGAUGAAUCUCACGAGUUGCUCAUCAGAGCAGGCUACCUGAGACAAGCCCACGCUGGUAUUUUCCAUAUGCUGCCACUUGGCAAUCGUGUACAACAAAAACUCGAAGCCUUGAUAGAUAAGCACAUGGAAAGUAUAGUAUCCCUGUCUACCAUCUCCUCAGAGGAGCUUUGGAAGAAGACUGGCAGGUUCGUGGGCCAUGGCGGCGAAUUUCUGUUAUCUCCAACCCACGAGGAAGAAAUCACAUCUCUGGUCGCAAGCACUGUCCAGUCCUACAAAGAUCUUCCACUUCGACUAUACCAAAUCGGACGCAAAUUCAGAGACGAAGCACGUCCGCGACAAGGUCUUCUUCGUGGUCGAGAAUUCACCAUGAAAGACCUCUACACAUUUGACAUCACAGAACAGCAAGCACGACAAACCUACGAGGAGGUACGACAAGCAUACAGAGCUUUCCUCGAUGAGCUCAAACUACCCUAUCUGGUUGCCGAAGCGGACUCUGGAAACAUUGGUGGCACAUUGAGUCAUGAGUACCACUUUGUUUCAGCAAAGGGUGAGGAUAAUGUCAUCAGCUGUGGCUCAUGUGGCUACACCAUCAACGACGAACUCGCCAUCACCUCGAUCGAUCAACCAGAACAAGCAACCAUCGAACACAAAAAAGACCUUUCUCGUUGGGUUGGCAUCACCAAAGAUCGAAACAGCCUCGUUGUCGCCUGGUUCCCAACCGUCACACAACAAACUUCAGGAAGCGACAACACUAAGAACGAGAUCAACCCAAACGUGAUCAAAGCCCUCGUCCCAGAUAUCGACCUCUCAGUCGAAAAUCCACUCGAGAUCUGGGACAAAUCAAACCCUCGUCAAGAAAAUGGGUCCCGUCCAUCUUCGGCCCAAAUCAUCGAAAUAAACGACGAACGUCUUCCCCUUAGUAAUUCGACCUGCACCGAUAUCCAACACAAACUCCAGCCUCGCGAGCUCCUCCUUCCUUCUGGAAAGUUCAACAGCGUGCAAUUCCAAUUGCGACCAAGAAAGAACGGGAAGUCGAUGCAACUCACCCGUACGCUAACAGGCGACCCCUGCCAGAAGUGCGGCGACGGUAAAGUCACCGUCAACCGUGCGAUAGAGGUUGGCCAUACAUUCCACCUCGGCACUAGAUACUCCUUGCCUCUCUCAGCAACAUUUGUCGGCAGCAACGAUGUGCGCCAAACAAUUGAGAUGGGUUGCCACGGCAUCGGUGUUUCGCGUCUUGUUGGCGCCAUCGCGAGUAUGCUAUCUGAUGCCAAGGGGUUGAACUGGCCUGCUGCUAUUGCACCUUUCUCGGCUGUCGUUGUUCCUGCAAACGGCAAUGAAGAUGUUGCUGAGGAUAUCACGAAGAAGCUAAUGUCGAGUGGCUUUGAUGCCGUGCUGGAUGAUCGCAAGAAACCCAUGGGUUGGAAGUUGAACGAUGCAGACUUGGUAGGAUAUCCCUUAAUUGUCGUGUUGGGGAGGGCGUGGAAGACAGAGGGUAAAGUGGAGGUACAGUGUAGACGUCUGAGAAUCAAGGAGGAGGUGCAGUGUGGUGGCGAUGUCUCGAGUGCUCUUGAACAGAGGCUUCAGAAUCUGCUAACGCAGCUGUAG